AUGGGCGGUGCGUUCCCGGCUGUGCAGCAACUUCAUGGACCCAUUGAGGAACAAGCUCGGCUUGCGUGCCACCCUCAUAUAGUUUUGCAUUUUGCCAAUCGGACUUCUCAAGCAUGGCUUCGCUCGGUUUUGUUGGCUGAGACGGACGAAGCUAAAGCUUUGUUGCGCAAUUGGCAAGAGAAAACUAUUCUGGCCGUUGAAAGCAUCAUGUCUUCCUGUGCAGGCACAGGUCGAUUGCACUUUGAAGAAAUUCCGUUUCGAGAAGACAUCGACUUGAAGCCCCAGCCGUACAGUGAGAAGUGGCGGGAAGAAGAUCGUUUUGAUGGCGGUGCAGAAGAAGAUGUCAAGGAGCCCGAGAAGAAACGUACUUCUGUUACGGUGGUGCCACCUGUGGUCGAUUAUCAUAUACGAAAAGCUAUGACAGGAGAAUCUGCUACAUCUUUUGAGGAGACAAAGCAAAAGGUGAACAUCAAGCAUAUCCCUUUGACUGGAUGCGUCAUGGCGCGCUUGCCACAUUAUCGUCUACCGGUGUCAGGGUAUGCUGCAUGCAGUUGCUCACUAUGUGCAAAGGCUCGGACAGAUGCUGAGGAACGUUCGACGAGUGGUUUUCCCAUUGAUGCGAAAGAAGACAUGCAGCAACAGUAUAUUGCGAACUUUUGCGAAGACUUGCAUGCUGUGUGUGCUUUGUCUGGCCACCUGCACGAACACAAGAACACGUGUUUCAAGUAUGUUGUGGUCGCAAGGACCGGAAAGGACCCUUUGCUGCCUGUGUGGCCCGGGGAAGGUAUCCGCUUGACUUUGGCAGCUAUGGUGGCGCAUCGUGGCAAUUUGAAUUAUCAGGAUUGUCGUCGAACGUUGACUGCUGGCUUUGACAGGGAGGAACUUGACUUGUUGCGUGAUCUGGGCGCAAAUUCUAUGCCGAUGUCGUCUGGAAGCAGUGGCUCAGUCCCUGGCAAUGACUUGUUGACACGACAAACAAAGAUCAUUGGAUCAGAAGCAACAGGCCACCAGCAGCGAGUGCGCUUUAGAGUUGUCAUUACUUCCGCUUUCAUUCUUGCUAAUGAAUUUUGGACAUACCAGGGUUUGCAGUGGAUUGGCAACUCGGAGGUCAGGGACCGUGCCCAGAAAAGAGCAGCCCAGUUUUUGACACCGUAUCUGGAUGGCCUCAUGUGCAAAAGGUUGAGUCGGACAUGUUUGGCUUUGUACCGGUUGGAGUUUGAGAGAACAGGUGCCGCCGAUGCUAAUCGAGUGGGCGAUCGAUUUUUGAGCCCGGAAUGCAGACUUCUUCAUGGAUAUGUGAAAGAAUGCGUCGUGGAAAGCAUUCGCACUGGUAUUCAAACCAGUUUUUAUACUUGCGCCUACACCACCAAACCUUCCAUGACGUGUGGACCCAUGCUGAAGCAUUUGACUCAUGGGAUGAAGAAUCUGGAGGAGAAAAUGCAAGCUGAAGCCGAGCAAGAGGAAGCUCAGCGGCUUCAGCUUGCAUACCCGCUGCCGGCCGUGCGAGAAGGUCGAGGCUUGACUGCUGAGCAGCGGGAGGCCCGACGCCGCUUGUGCCGCCUUUGGACUUCAGCGAACCACGCAGUCAUGCAUGGCUUCUGUCUCAUGUCUCUCCAGCUUAUGACAGGCCGUGAAGUGUUACGGACGCACAUCUUCUGGCGCAUCAUGAUGAAGCGAGUACUUUGGGGCGUGUUUGAAGAAAUGCGCAGAAACGCUGAAAAACUCGCAGAUUCGUUUGAGCUACAGACAACCGCUGCAGUCGAGGACAUUGAGCUGCCGCCUGCAGGGACACAAGCAGCGGACACGCGGGCCACUUCUUUCUAUGAGGACUACUUGCAUCGAGGAAUCGCAGAGCCAUUAGCUUCUAUGAACUUGUAUGUCUAUGCAGUGCAUGUCAGUGCUGUGCCGUUACAGGAAGCUGGCAAGUUUGACCAUGGUGAGUUUGAUUUUUCGGAACACUAUGUCAAAGCGAAGACGCAUGUGCAGGUUCUUCAUGCGGCUCCUCGUAUUCCUUAUUUGCAUGGAAUAUCGAUGCCCACAAAACAGAAAGAUCCGGACAUGUGGGCUGCCGUACAUAUUGCCUUACUUCGAAAACAUUGCUGUGAAGAUGAGAAUGUUUGCGGUCAGGCGAGCGCUGUUCGCCAUAUUCACAUCUUCCCUGGAAAGUCGCGUGUGCGUGUGGUGUCUCCUGGCAACGAUGCUCGUAUAGUGCGAGAUUCCACUGGUGUGUUGGCGGAAUGGAAAGCUACUGAAGCCCGUGUGCAGUGCUUGGCAGACCGCGCAGAUGUUGUGGAUGUAACUGCUUUGCGCCAAUACAAAGUUCCUGGAACUGUGGAAAACUGUGAUGUCUUGGAGUCUUUGCUGAAGAUGUUUACAGAGUCAAAUCGCCCAAAGACGCGUCGCACCUGGAAACAAGGUCGGCGCAAGCGGACAGUCUGCAGUACCGUACCGCUGGUAUCUGAAAGGAUCCUUGGAAAUAUUUUCGAUUAUGUGGGACAUUUGACGACAGAGGACGGUGAAGCUGUUUUGCUCGGGAAUAGUCCGGAACAUUUUGACACUUGUGUGUUGCAUCGACCAGACUUGGCUGCUGCAAAGCGAUGCUCUUACGGAUGGCAUAAUGAACAACUGACAGCCGCGGAAUACGUCGCCACCAUUAGCCGAGAAAUUUCCGCUAAUUUGGAUUUCAUGGCUGAAGCUCGGCGACGACCCAGACCUGGUGUUUUGCAUCCAACUGCCACCGAUGAGAAAGAAGAUGUGGGUCUACAAGGCGAAUUCGUGAAUGUAGAGGAUGUGGAUGACAUUCAAGAUCCAGAUGCAGACGAUGUGGAUCAAGACACGUCUCUUCGACCGGACAUUCAAUACAAACCGAUCUUGCAUGUGGCAUCCAAUGAUUUAUUUGACAUGGUGCAUCGCAGGAACGUGGGCUCGGGUCGGGCAAGUGCCAGCACCAAACGUUCAGAAGAAUUCUUGCGUCAAUAUGGUGGAAAAUAUUUGGAUAUGAAAGAAUCCCGUCCUUGCGCACGGGCUCCUGACACGGAUGUGCAGAGGCGUGCUACUUUCAACGUCGUUGCUGGCUUGAAGGCGCAGAAGUUUUUACAAGAAUCUCGAAAAGAAAAAGAUGAAAAGUUGAUGGACGCAUCAAAAGAUGAAUUCUUGCCCGGAAACGCUAGUCUUUUGGAAGUUCCCGUGAGCAUGGCUCCUGAGACUGAGGUACUUGUUCUCUCUCCUGCUGACAUGGCGUUGCGACUGUUGCAACAACGUCUGCCGACACGUCAGGCUGAUGGUACGUACCAAAUCUCGCCAGAUCAGUACAAGGCAUGUGUGUUGGCGAUAGCGCCCCUGCAGAAAUUAUGGGUCAAGGCGGGUGAGCAUGAUCUGCAGCAUUGUUUCGGCGCACGUGGCCGCCUUCGCGAGUUGCUGGCAUUGGCACUGGGGAAGAGGAAGACUCGGAGAAGUCGUGAUGCUGACGAUGUGGCUGAAGCUUCCCACGUCGCUGUGGAUACAGCCUUGCAAUCUUUACCAGGCUUCCCGGCGGCCCACCAAUUGCCGAAGCCGAUUGGUUUGGACAAAACUGGUGGUUUUGUGUAUGAAGACAAUGUGUGGCUCCUUGCAGUGUCAAAGACUCAGCAACCAGAUGUUGGCAACAGGAAACGUCCCUGGCCUGGAAAAUCUACUGCAGAUCGAACGAUGUUUUGCCAGAGCUGGCAGUUACGGUUGUCGACUUUAUCCCGGGCUGCUGAUGAUUAUUUGUUACGCGAGCACAGAUUGCGUGCCUUUGCAGCUGAUGCCGGCGCUGGCGGCGACUGUUUCUUUUUGUCUGUGGCGGCAGCAUUGGAAACAUUGCGGGCUGAACAGCACAACUUGCCUUUGUCACUGGAGCAGCUGUUUUCUGUUGAUGUGAGUCGUGGGGCGAUGGUCAGACGUUUGCGUGGCAUUGUUGGCCAAGGUGUUAUGAAUUGGGGUCCCAAACAGUUUCUUGAUUUUGCCACGACAUGUUUGGCCAACGAAGUUGCAGGUAUGUGGUUGGAUUCUUGGAAGAUGUCGCGGCUGAUCGCGAACACACCGUUUGCUUUUCUGCAAGGCGUCAAUAGCGUUCAUGACCUGACGCUGGACGCAGCCAACGCAUUGAUUUUGCAUUGCAAGCAUGGAGAGAGUCCAAACCUUGUGCAGCAUAGAAUAGAUGCAGGCAGGGAUGUGCUGACAAAAAUGCAGCGAGCUGUGGCUGACAACAUCAGCCAGGUUUGUCUUUCUGGCGUGUCUUGCUGGCGUGUCUCCGGCAAUCGGCUGAUGAUGGACUGCGAUCAUUGCAGCCAACUGCAGCAGAAGACGCGUUGCCACAUGGACUUUCGCAGUAGAAGGCGCGCCGUACCUUGGCUCCUCCUCAUUACGAUGGGGCUGGGGACCUCGGUGAGCGACGUGGCGGUAGCCGGCAAGAAGGGAUGCUUCUUUUCUGCCAGCCGGGAUAGGUCCAUUCGACGCUGGGAUUGCAAGACCCUGGAGAGCGACUUGCAACUGGCGCAUGCUCAAGGCGAUUGGCUCACGGCCCUGGCCUUGUCCGUCAGUGAGGAGGUGCUCUUCAGUGGUGGCAAGGACUCCAUCAUCAAGGUCUGGGAUGGAGAUCUGCAUUGCAAGGAUAUGUUGCAAGGUCACCGGGGGCCGAUCUCCGAUUUGUUGACCAUCGACAAUCAUCUCUUCUCUGCUUCACAUGACCGCACUGUUCGUGUUUGGAAGAUAGACCACUUCGACACCUAA